AUGGGUCUCAAGCAGUUCAACCUCGACCUUAGGGCCGCUGCGUCUAGCUAUAACGACCCGCACGUCACAAAUGUGCGAAAGGGAGACUCAGAUGGAGAGAUUGUAUUCACCUAUGGCCUGGAAGGGCAGCCGCCCUUGGAGAUCCAGGCUCUUUCAACGGAUGCCGAUUCUUAUCCCAGACACUCGAGCUUCAUGAUAUUCACCUCGUCAGACCAUGCUACCAAGGAUAUGGAUGAGUGGCUCCAGAGUUUCACUGCCUUGACCGAAGGCAAGAAUGUGACCGAAGUCAUCUCGCUGGUUUCCAGACGAUUGACCGCCAAGCUCAGCAACAGCAUGGACGAUCCAUCCAUAGCCGUCAUUAGUAGCGACGAGGAUGAAGCAGAGGGCGACUCUGCAUUCGAUAGCGACGACUUCUCCCAGGGCGAUGAGGACGAAGAGUAUCGCAUUGACAUCACCCCGCUGCCGCCUAGAAGACCGGCUGCGAGAUGCGCAGCUGGCUCUCCAGGAUCGACUACUCGCUUGAAGCGGCACCUAAGAGAUGCCAAGAGCGAAGGCUUUUGUAUCUCUGUCCCGUUCACGAAGAAGGUCGACAAUCUCUCUGGUAUCUUCUCGCUGUCCAUCCGUGUUUCAAAACUCGCCAUCCCAGAGGAAGCCUUGGAGGCAUGGGACCUCAGGUCUUCGGAGUACGUGGUCAUGUUGAUCAAACUGCCAAUGGGAUAUCCUUCUGUGACCGAGUUUAUACGUCUACCCUCCGACCAGUCAACGGUGCAAUUCAGGUUCGGUAAAUGCGCCAGUCCCAAGCCGUCCUACCACACAAUGAGACGGAUGUUCGAGCCCGAGCACAACAUGGAGUCCCAGCAUCCUCCUCGUCAAGACAGCAGCAGGGACAGCGAUCAUUUUCUACCGCUGUACAUGUCAGCAUCUCUCAAUUCCCUGCUCAACCAAGAGUUCCCUAGUCUCCUACGACUUCGACGAUCCGACAACUUUUCCUGGGACCAAGCACAUGCAUUCAAGUUCGAUCUGAGUCGAGGCAGUCACUUCAGAGACACUUCCUCUUCAGUCAAAAACUCUACAGAUGACCGGGACAGCUCUGCUGAUUGGUUUAGUCUUGAGCUCCUUCGACGAGACUACGUCUCGGCAGGUGAAGAUCUCAACAUCUUUCUUGUGGCGAUGCAGUUCGGUCUGCAGAGACUAAUCAAAUGCACAAAAUACUGCAUGGUAUGCCAUCAAAGGAUGGAUGGAGGUUUCGAGGCCGUCAAGCCUUUCGUUUGCGGAAACCUGCUUUGCCUUUACCAGUACCUGUCACUCGGGUUCGGCCAGAGCAUCGAGCACGACAUUGUCAACAACCCAGCUGUGGUCGAUCUCCUUAUCUCCUUUUUCUACUGUGCAGUUUUUAACAAUCGUCUUCGCGAAUUUCCCCAAGGACUGGGUCUAAAAUGGGCUGAUCCAGGUUCCCUCAAGGAUCCCUCAGAGCAUCUGGACGUGGACGUGUCCUUCAGGAACAAGACGAUUUGGUUCUCUGGCACCGACUAUGGCUCCCAUAAAAAGAUCAAAGAGGGUGACUGUGUCCUUCUUGUCAUCAAACCCAAGGAAAUGACUACAACGGUACCUAUCCUGCACUCGACUGUGGAAAGGCACACGUGCAUCAUCGAAUCGGUCGGGAACUCGGACUGCACUUUUCGAAUCGUUGAGACACAGAUAGCGCCCAUGAAUGUCUUGUCGCUAUCAGAAAACGAGACGAGAACCCAUGCGACCCAUCCCAGCGCAGACCGGGUCCGCGUCAUGCUUUUCCAGCACAACAAGGAUAUCGAUGAGAUUCAGAUCACGGACCACAGUCCCAGCAUUGUCCAGGGCAUGGGAGCGGGCUGGAUGCAGUUUCGAUUCGCUCAGGGCUCGCCAGAGAAGGAAGAGGCUUUCUUCAAGGAGCUCACGAAACUGAAAGAAAUCAACGGGCAACCAAAAACACACCCAAGUCUAUUCGCCUGGCAUGGAAGUCCGCUCGAGAAUUGGCACAGCAUCAUUCGGACUGGGCUUGACUUUUCUACGACGCUGCAUGGACGAGCUUACGGCAACGGAGUCUACUUGGGCAAGGAAUUUUCGACCAGUCAGGGCUACACGAUGGGGGGUGUUUCUUCAGCAUGGCCGAAUUCUCGACUCAAUAUCUCCAGUGCUAUCAGCAUGUGUGAGAUUGUCAACAAUCCAGCCCAAUACGUGUCAACACAACCGCAUUUUGUUAUCAACAAAAUCGAGUGGAUUCAGUGCCGGUACCUAUUUGUUCGAGUGAACGCCUCUUCACAAACCGGUGACCAAUGGUGCCCGAAGAAAUCGGUCUUCACUUCGAAGGGUUAUCUUACACAAGACCCUCAACAUCGGUUGAUCGGUGACCAUAGAAAUGAGAUCCUAAUCCCCUUGUCGGCAAUUCCAACUGCCCGCCGUCGUGCUCUUGGACAGCAUGGCUCUGUUGGUGAUCCGGGCCUCACCCGAGAGAAUCCUAUCUUGCUCGAUGAAGAAGAUGGGGAUGUGCUUGAGGAGGUUGACGGGGAACUCGACGAUCUCCUGGCCUCGGAUGUCGAGGAAGAGGAUAGCCAGAGACAAAUGGUGCGAAAACGGCGACGAACUUCCACGGACUCGGGCCUGGGAGAGCUACGACCAUCCAAGCUGACGACAGGGAUGCAGGAUCGAAACAACACAGGCCAACCACAGUCUGGAACUACCACCGCCUUCAGGCCUGGCGGCCUGGAUCUGGCCUCUCUCCCUAAGCUCGCCGAGCCGACCUGGGCGACGUCAUCCCCAGGAGCCCUACGUGCCCUCAACCGGGAGAUCAAGGAUCUGCAAAAGAUACAAUCCAGCACCGAUCUCGCUUCGCUAGGAUGGUAUAUCGACUUUGACAAGCUGGACAACAUGUUUCACUGGAUCGUCGAGCUCCACAGCUUUGACGUGAACCUCCCCCUUGCGCAAGAUAUGAAGCGCGCCGGCUGCUCCAGCAUUGUCCUGGAACUCCGUUUCGGCAGCUCGUACCCGAUAUCACCGCCUUUUGUCCGUGUCAUCCGCCCUCGCUUCCUCCCAUUCGUCCACGGUGGUGGUGGUCAUGUUACCAUAGGCGGCGCUAUAUGCUCAGAGCUGCUCACCAACUCGGGCUGGUCCCCCGCGCUGUCGUUGGAAAAGGUGUUCCUCGAAGUCAGGAUGAAUCUCUGCGACAUGGACCCUCCAGCCCGCCUUGACCGGGUAGAUAGCUUGGGGUCGAUGGAUUACAACAUCUUCGAGGCUAUUGAUGCAUUCCGCCGUGCUGCCACGGCACAUGGGUGGCAGAUUCCUUCGGACGUGGACAUGAUUAGUAGCAUGUCCGCGCUGCAACAACACUAA